AUGAGUGAAACACCUUCAACUAGUUACUCGGUGAAUCAGCCAAAUUCCUCCGAGAGUGAACAGAGUUUAUCCACACGCCAUUUCAAUGUUACCGAACCUGUUGUGGCAAAACGGAUCUGUUUCUAUAAAAGCGGAGAUCCUCAGUUUAAUGGGAUCAAAAUGGUCAUUAAUAACCGGUCUUACAAAACAUUUGAUGCCUUGCUGGAUAGUUUAUCCAAACGGGUCCCAUUACCUUUUGGAGUAAGGAAUAUUAGUACACCAAAAGGGAGACACAGCAUCACCAAUCUGGAGGAUCUUCAAGAUGGAAAAUCUUAUAUUUGCUCCCAUCAGAGGAAAAUGAAGCCCAUCAACCUGGAACAGGCUAGGAAAAAGCCGCUGCCCUGGCAGAUCAGUAGGCCUGUCAGCGCACAUGGAUUUGGCCAUCGAGAAACUAAAAUAACAACUCCCAAAAAGAUGCUUGUUUUCAAAAAUGGGGAUGUAAGUCUCAGGCGCACCAUAGUUCUGGGAAAGAAAAAUACACAAACCUUUGAGGCCUUUCUGGAUUAUAUGAGUGAGUUAAUGCAAUAUCCAGUCGUGAAACUGUAUACCACUGAUGGCAGAAAGGUUCCUAAUCUUCAGGCCCUGAUAUUGUGCUCUGGAGCUGUAGUCGCAGCAGGGAGAGAGCCUUUUAAACGAAGCAAUUAUGAUUCUCUUGGGUAUUCACGGCCUGCUAAAAUGCUUGGAAUUGCAAAUCGUGUGUACCCAAAAGCAAAUGACAAGUCAGAAAGUGAAAACAGUAAGAAAUGGAAGGUGUCAGUCCUCACCAGUGAUAUGCCAUCAGCAGGAACAAGCUCAAAAGUUUAUAUUACAUUGUAUGGGGAUCACAGCAGUUCGGGGCCUAUUUUUCUUGAUGGAGAGGAGGGAAAAUUAUUUCAGAGAGGCAAUGAAGACAUCUUCACAGUUAUUACUGGAAACAUAGGACAUCUCUACAAAAUACGCAUAGGACAUACAAAUGCAGGAAACUCCCCUGCCUGGCACUGUGAAGAGGUGCAGUUGCUGAACCUUUCCUCAUGGGAGCAGUUUUAUUUCCCUGCACAUCGAUGGCUGGCCUGUGACCAGGCUGAUGGGGAAAUAUCUGUGGAGCUUCCUGUUUUACAGCAGGGUCAGCCUAUUCUUCCAGUGACUGUCUAUGAAGUGCAUGUGACAACAGGAGGACUGUGGAAUGCUGGAACUGAGGCUGAUGUCUAUAUUUCUGUCUAUGGAGAAAGAGGUGAUACAGGAUCAAGACAGUUGCUCAGGUCACAGAAACCCAAUAAAUUUUUAAAAGGACAAACUGACAUCUUUGCUCUUGAAGCUGUACACCUUGGACAUUUGUACAAGAUUGUUAUAGGGCACAAUGGACUUGGAUCAGGAAACGGCUGGUUUCUGGACAAAGUUGUAAUCAAGGAUCCUAUAACAGAUUUGGAUUACACUUUUCUUUGCCACAGGUGGCUGGACCAGGGGCAGGAUGAUGGCAAUAUUGCUAGAGAACUGACCGUGACAGAUGCCAGCACGUUUCCAGGAAGACAAGAGCUGGAACUCAAGAGAGAGGAAACUUGGGCUGCCGAAAAGUGGAAAUUUCAGGAAGGCAAUACACUUCAGUUUUACAACCGGCUCACCCGUGGCUUCAUUUGCCUCAGUCCAGAUAGCACAGUUGAUGCUCUUGGUGACCAGAAAAACAAAUAUGGUCUUUUUGAUGUAAAUGUCAAAGGGAGAAAUAUAUGUAUAUUCAGCAGUCAUCAGAUGCCACGUCUUGCUCUUGCUCUUGUCAAUGGCCAUGUAAUUGGGAAGGGCAAAGGCAAGAGUUGCUGUGAGCUCCGUGUUCACCUUCAACCAAAUGGUUGUGCCAUUCUUGAGUCAGCCAGGAACCCAGGUCAGACUGUUACAUUCAAUCUUCAAGGCAAAGUAGCUGAUGAAACAACAGGAUAUGCUGGACAUUGCAAAGAAUUUGUUGUGCAUGUGAAGGGUGUGUUUCACCAUGGUGCCAUCAUUCUGCUCAACACAAGCCUCUGCCAGGCUCUGUCCCUGAGACCUGAUGGGAGCUGCAGCGGAGCAGGUCAGCAGCAGCAGGAAUCCUACUGGAAGGUGCAUAAAAUCAGUUCUGGAGUCUGCAUGUUUGAAAGUGUGAGAAACCCAACAAUGUAUCUGAAGAUCAAAGAUGACCAGUGUAAUGGAACAGGCACAGGUGAUGAAUACUGCCACUUUAAAAUUGAGAAGAAUUUGGAAACUGGAUCUGUAAGUCUAGAAUCAGUGCAAAAUAAAGGGAUAUAUGUUGGUCUCCUGCCGGAUGGCCAGACUAAGCCAGUCAUUAACACUGGAGAAAGAAACAUUUUCUUCUACCCAGAGGUGAUAAAAUUUGGCCGGGAAGAGCCUAUGGGAACAUCUGCGGCGCACGAUCAAGAGAAGAAAGAUUUCAGAGAAUCUCAACUCCAACAGGCGAAAGCCCAGAAGCCAUUAUCUCAAAGCCUUUUGAAUUUUCCACCCUCAAAGGAAAUGAGAAAUCCCCAAGGUGGUGAGUGUCCCGUUCCUUCAGAUGAUGAAUGGAAAGUGUCAAUGCUGACAGGAAAUGCAGGAACUGGAGCAAAUGUCGUUCUCUGGAUAUAUGGAGACAGAGGAGUAGCUGGACCAAUAACUCUUGGCAAGGACAACCAAAAGCAGCUGUUUCUUCCCAGGCAGGAGGAUGAAUUUCAGGUUAAAAUAAAAAACAUUGGGAAUAUCUACAAGAUAAGAAUUGAACUUGAUGAAUUACUGAAUGAACAAUCAGAGUGGAACUUACAAAGGGUGACACUGCAACAUCUAAAGAGCAAGAAAACACUGAAUUUCCCAGCAAACACAUGGUUGUCAAAGAAUCAUGAUGACAGAGAUUUCCUCUGUGAACUUCCAGUAGUGGAAGCUGGGAAGCCUAUCUAUCCAAUUGUUUUAUACCACGUUUAUGUCUACACCGGCGACAUGGAGCAGGCAGGUACAGAUUCUGCAGUCUAUCUGUGUAUCUAUGGAAAAAGAGGAGAUUCUGGUCUAAGACUUCUGCAUCAAUCUGGUAUACCAGUGACAUUUCAGAGAGGAAUGGUCAAUGCUUUUGAAGUGGAAGCUGUGUCUCUUGGAAAACUGCAGAAGGUGCUGUUGCGCUGUGAGGCUAAUGCCAAGUCCCAGUAUUGGUACUGCGAUAAAGUCGUCGUCAGAGAAGCUGAGAACAACUCAGAAUACGUUUUCAAUUGUGAAAGGUGGCUUCCAUUUAUGUCCCAAGGUAUAAUUCAUUCAGAAAUUGAGCUGUACUCUCAAGACGGCAACUGGAAAAUUACUGUAGUCACUGGGGAUUUUGAAACAGCUGGCACAACAGCAACAGUAUCCCUUUAUGCUUAUGGAGAAAACAAAGCUUCUGGUCCUAUUAUUUUGGGAUCUGGGAAACACCAGCUGUUUAGUCCCAACAGUGAAGAUACAUUUAAGAUUAAUCUCAGAGAUCUUGGGCAGCUAUAUAAAAUCCGCAUUGGCCACGACAACACUGGAAAUGACCCCAGUUGGUACCUGGAGGAAGUCAGACUUGAAAGAGUAGUCCCUCUUUCUGAUGAAGAGAUUUGUCUCCCCAUAGAGUGCUGGCUUGCAGAAGACAAGGGUGAAGGUGAUACGUGGAGAGAAGUGGCAAUAAGAAACCCUGCAAAGGAGCUUUUGCCAUUGUUGGUGUACGAGGUCCAUGUAUACACGGGUGCUAAACUUGGCGCUGAAACAGAUUCUAAUGUUUAUAUCAACCUCAUUGGGACAAGAGGAGAUGCUGGCAAAAGGAAGCUCCAUAGAUCUAAGAAUAAUAAUGUAAAAUUUCGACAUGGACAGAUGGAUAUUUUCUGCAUAAAGGCCAUCUCACUGGGAGACUUGGAGAAAGUUCUGAUUAGCCAUGAUGGAACUGGUCCAGGCAAUGGAUGGUUCCUGGAUAAGAUCAUCAUCAAACAUAAAGAAGGAAAGAAAGCUCAGGAGGUUGUAUUUCCCUGUAAUAGGUGGUUAGAUGAAUAUCAAGAUGAUGGGAAAACUGAGAGGGAGCUAACUGCCAAUAGGGAUGGCAAUUCAAAAAAGGCUUUUCUUAAAGCACAACAGUGGAGAGUGCAGGUUGAAACAGACGGAGAUUCCCCAGAGCCACAAGAGUGUAAAAGGACCCUUGUGAUUUAUGGCUCAAAGGGCAAAAGUGAUGAGCUUCUACUUUCUCCACAGACCCCAGGAUACGUGUGCUUUCUACCCAGAGCAACAGAUGAAUUCACUGUUGAGACUGGAGAUCUGGGAGAUGUAUACAAGAUUCGGGUCAGCUGUGAUGAUGUGCCAAGCUUUGAGGGCUGGCAUUUGAAGUCUGUUCACUUACAAGAGCUACAUACGAAACAAGAACUGAAGUUUGACUGUAAGUGCUGGCUCUUUCUUAACAGAGAAGACAAGGAGCUGGUGAAAGAAUUCCCUGCAGUCAAUGAGGACCAGAAAACUUUACCUGUCUAUAAGUAUGUUGUCUCUGUACAUAUUGGCGAUCGCUGGGGAGCAGAAACUUUUGCAAAUGUUUUCAUUACCCUCUAUGGCAAAAGAGGGGACACAGGUGUGAGGCAACUUCAUACAUCUUUAGCAAAAGGAAGAAAAUUUCAAAGGAAUAAGGUGGAUUCGUUUUUGGUGGAAGCUGUUUCUCUGAGUCAUUUGCAAAAAGUGGUCAUAGGACAUGACGGAGAAGGCUACGGGGCUGGGAUGUACCUCAAGAUGGUAACAGUCAAGGAAUCACAAGACUCAGACAAAGAAUGGGUCUUCCCAUGGUGGAAUUGGCUUGAUACUCAUCUGGGGUUACGUGAGACUGUUUGUGAGAUUGUGACAGUUGGUAGAAGAUUGAUUUCUACUCCUAAACUGCCUGAAAUCAACAUGAAGUCAUCAGGUCUCUGGAUAAUGGACAUCACUGGAUCUGACUUGAGUGACGAAGAGGAUCCAAUAUGCCUUUCUUUCAUCUUCUAUGGCAACUUGAGUCACAAAAAGUUGCCACUUCAAGUUACAGGAAAAGCAAUUCAGAUCAAAGAUGAACUGGCAGAUAUUGGCUCAAUAUACAAAGUUCAGGUAACUGGCCCACACAGCAAGAUAAAAAAGCCGUGGCACUUAGAUUUACUGCAUAUGAAGCACAUAAGCACAAAGGAAGAGAUGUAUUUAGCUUUUGACUGCUGGUUCAACCCUAAUGAAGACAAAUGUGUGGAACUGCCAGCUCUCUAUGCAGAUCAGGAGCCUUUGCCUGUUGUGGAAUACGCAAUCCAUUUGCACACGGGAGACUUGAAGAAAGCAGAUGCCACUGGUGAGGCCUAUCUUUGUAUACAAGGAGAAAAGAGUGACUCGGGGAAACGAUGGCUUAACUCGAGAAACAGCCUGAUCACUUUCGCUAGGGGGCAGGUGGAUGUUUUCAAAAUCAAAGCAGUAUACCUUGGCAGGUUGAACCAAGUUCUUGUUGGAUUUAAGAGUCUAAAAAAAGAUGAGUGGUUCUUGGAAAAAAUUGUUAUAAAAGAAGUCCUCUACCCUUUUUCUGCACAUGUUUUUGUUCACAAUGACUGGAUCAAUAAAUGCUCCAAGAAAAAUUUUGUAGAAGUGGCAAUUCCGCUCAAAGAAACAUCUGUGACAUCUCUUCUCACAAAAAAAUUUGAUACUAAAAGCAGAGGACGAUGGCAAACAUGGGUGCACUGUACACAAGUACCAGAAGAUGUUCCUGAUAUUCAUGUUGUUGUAUUUGGAAGAAAAGGGAAAUCCCCUGCACAGAAAGUCCAGAAUCUGAAUGAUAAUCCAUUUUUGUUGACUGUUGGUGAUAUUGGCGAUAUAACAAAAGUUUCCUUUGUGUUAUCUGGUCCACGCUUGGGGAGAGGAAUCAAACUUCAUAAGCUUCGGCUAAAAGACCUGGACACUAAACAAGAGCUGGGCUUUCACACUGAAGCCCGGUACCUGUUUGGAGAAGAUGGAUCUGAGACUGUGACAGAGCUAGCAGUGGUCAGGCCAGACAAGCCACCGCUCAGGGGAGUUCUUUAUCUGAUCACUGUUCAUACGGGAACAUUGCCUGCAUCAGGGACUGAUGCAGAUGUGUUUAUCACAGUAUUUGGAGAGCAGGGAGACUCCUGCAAAAGGAAACUAAGACACUCAGAUUUUGAAAAAGGACAGGUUUGUAUCUCUGAAAUGAGAGCAGUAGACCUUGGACAGUUAAGCAAAGUGCUUGUUGAGCACCAUAAUGUGGGUUAUGGAGCUGGAUGGUACCUGGACCAAAUUGUCAUCCAUGAAUCAGGCAAGACUGAUGGCCAAUACAUAUUUCUUUGCCAGCAAUGGUUAGACACUGGAGUUGGUGAUGCACAGACAGAACGGAUGUUGAAACUUCUUGGAAAAGUCAGGAAUGGGAUGUUGACGGGAAAGAUCUAUGGGACGUGGGAUGUCCUUGUCACAACUAGUGAUAUUACUUCUAGUUCCAUGAAUCCUAAAAUGUCUCUGACCGUAUGUGGUGAAAAAGGUACCUGUACUUCAGUCAUAUUCCCCAAAGGAUCCCUUAAAAAAAAGGAGAUUUAUGAGACGUCAGUUGAACUAAGUAAGAAAUUCAAUACUAUAUUCAAAGUUCGCCUAGAAAUUGAAGAAGCUGGAGAAGGAGAGACUUGGCAUUGCCGUGAGGUAAAGCUUCAACACAGAGAAAGUAAAAAUGUUCUAGAAUUUCCAUUUUGUCGCAACUUUGCAGAUGAAGAAGGAAGAAGAGUGGCUGAGCUUCCAGUUCUGACAGCUGGCUCUCCUUUUCCAGCAGUGAAAAGCUAUAUUCUCUAUGUCACUACGGGAGACUCCCCUGGGUCAGGAACAGAUGCAGAGGUGUACGUCAUGCUGCAAGGUCUUUUGGGAGAUACUGGCAGAAGAAAAUUAAUCAGAAAAGGAGAUGAUAAUUUCACUAAAGGAAAGGUGGAUGUUUUUGAAGUGGAAGCAGUAGAUGUUGGGACUCUGCAAGCAAUGGUGGUUGAAAAAGGGAAAGGCUCUGACUGGCUUCUGGAGAAAAUUAUUGUGAAAGAGUCAGCAGCUGCAGGGACAAAAACAUUGUUUAUGGCUCAGACAUGGCUAAAAGACAGACGUGAUGGAAAAAGAUCGGCCUCAGUAACUCUGAAUGCCACAGAAAUGCAGGAGGGGAGGAGCACUUCUGAUCGGCCUUUAGGAAAAGAGCAAAUGAAUUCAGAAGGCAGAUGGAGGAUUUAUUUCACAAAACAUCAAGAAGAAACAAAAGCAGACUUUGAAAAGUUGUCAGAAAAUAUAUCCAAGUUGGUUACAGUUUUUUAUGGAAGCAACGGCAAGUCAAAUCCAGUUUCCAUGGAAAACAAAGUGGAACAUCAGGAUAAGAACCAAAUAACAUAUGAUGUACAUUUACCAUCUGAUUUGGGAAUGCUUUAUAAAGUGAGACUUGGUCUCCAGAGUUUGGAAAACAAUGCAUCCCAGUUGUCUCUUCACCACUUUAAAAUGCAGAACACAUCAACCCUGGACACCUUUAGUCUCACCAUAAAUAAAAUACUUCCUCUUUCUCUUAAUGGAGACAGAUGGAUUGAAUUCCCUGUAGAGUGGCCAUUAAAAGAAGCACUUUCUGUGGUUACAUAUCAUCUAACAGUAUUUUCUAGAAAUAUUUUGAGUGAGAGAAAUUUAGUCCAUAUGACUGCGUGUAUAUAUGGUACUUAUGGUGACACAGGGGACAGAUCCCUUCUCUGGUCAUUGCAAAAUGUUCAGCAGGGAGAAGAUGAUGAGUCAUUUCUAGUUAUCAUGGAUGCGGUUGAAUUGGGAGAACUGGACAAAGUUGUUCUUUUGAUCAGCAGUAAAACAGACUGCAAACUGGAUAUUAAAAAAUUACAUUUGAAAGAAGCUGUAAAGGAGCAUCCUAUCUAUGUAUUUGAAGUGAAUGAAGCAUUUUCUGUGGAUGCAAAUAAGCCAGAAAUACAAAGAGAAAUCCCAGUAUCUUUUGUUAUUAGAGGAGACAAACAAAAGAAUGACAUAGAUAUCAACUUAUAUAAAAAAGGAAGUCAAGGAAGGAAUCUGACAGAGUAUACUAUUAAAGUAUACACAGGUGACAAAAGGGGAGCAGGGACUGAUGCCAAUGUGCAUAUUAUUUUAUUCGGGUAUGAGGACAAAUCUGAGGUAUUUCAACUCUCUCAGUCACUGGAGCAUCAAGACCCCUUUGAAAGAGGAAAGGUUGAUACUUUCAAGAUUAAGACCAAAAAAUUAGGAAGCUUACAUUCCAUUGAAAUUGGUCAUGAUGGGAAAGGAUUUGCAAGUGGCUGGUUUCUGGAAAAAGUAGAAAUCACAGAUGCAUCUAGGAAUUCAGUGUAUUGCUUCAACUGUAACAGGUGGCUUGCCGAGGAUGAAAGUGAUGGCCGCACUGUAGUACAACUUUAUCCAUAGCUGCUCGAUUUCUGAUUCUUUCUGAGUGUGUUGCUUCUCCAAAUUCAUGAUGAUUUGAUUUACUUGUAUUUUAUAAUUCUGAAGGUAUUGUAAUUACUGUGAAGGAAUGUCAAAACAAGACAUUAAAGACAUCACAGUAAAUUGAACAUGUCUAAUGUGAACACUGUAUUCCAAUCUUAUUAGUGAUGCACAAAAACUGUGCAUGAUUGAAAUUUAGAAAACAGAAAUUUAAAUCUGUAACCUGGCUCUGUGGACUUGAUCUGAGCAUUCAUAAUGGUAGAUGUAUGUAGUAAUAUACUCAAACAUUUUUGUUUCAGUAAUAAUUUGUGGGUAAGCUAAAUUUAGCUCUUCGGUCAAAUCUGUCAAUAUUUAUUAAUUUGAUAAAUCAAAUUCAAUUUUAACAUUUAUUAAAAUUCAGAUUUUCUCGAAAUCAUUUUCCAGAUGAACUGCACAGUUCUGCAGCUUUACCAUAUAUUGCUGCCUUUUUCUAUAAGACCAUAACAGAGAGUAAUAAAGAAUUUGUUAUUCAGGAGUUCCCCCUGUGUCAGUAGGCCUCCCACUGACAUUUGAUUGUAAAGUCUUGUAGCUGAGCCAGAACCUCAGCUGAGAACCUUUGGAUUCAAAGGGUCUCUUAAGAGAGGCUGUUAUCAGCAACACUGCAAUAGCUUACUGGCAGGCUCAGGCAGCUCCCCGCUCAGCUUGAUGGCUUUUGCAGUGCCCAUUCUUAGCCACCCAACUGGCUUUCCAGUACUACAUGAGUGAAUGCCUUUACUUCAAAAAACGAAAAGCCCAAUUCUUUUUGAAAAUGCACAAUACAUAGAAACAUAUUUAGCUAUAAAUGCACAAAUUAAUGUUCAGUUUGGUAAGCUCUGACAUUGCCGGAAAUGACUCAGAAAGGGUUUAGGAUGCAGAUGAGUCUGAAAUGAAAGAAUGAGUUGCACACCACAAGUUUCAUGUCUGUGAUCAGGACACAAAUAUUAUAUAUAAGCUACAUAGGGCUACAUUCCCAUUUAAUCAAAGGCUCCACCUUCAGUACCUCCAAAAUUUAAAAUCUGUAUGAAAAUCUGAAUUUUAGACCUGUUUCACCCUUAAGGCACUGCUAUCUUCUGUAGCAGAAUUGUGCUUUCUACUCAUAAGAAUUAAAUGAGUUUCUAAUCUGUGCUGAUGAAGCA